UUUCCCCCGCGGGGGACCGGCGCCGGGCGAGGGUACGGCGGAGUUGCGGUACCCGUGCGCUUGAGCAACCGUCCUUCCUGAGCGCCCCUAUAGCACCAGGCAUGGAGGAAAAAACCCCGAGUUUUCGCGGCAGUGACGUUUGAAAACUACGUGAUAGGUAGAAAGGAAUCCUGCGCUUCAGCACAGAUACUGAUGACCGACCUAAGCUGCCUUGCCUAUGUACUGGAAGAAUGGACUGUUGUGGAGUACCUGAAGAAACACCUUUUUCAUGUGGUCAUCGUCUCACUGACAAUAAGUGCAAUAUUAGGUUUUUUUAUAGUUCCUUUAACAAUCCUCUUUUUCAUUUACCUUACUAAUAUUUUGCUUUUAAUAUAUCAGAAGAACGGUGAGGUAAAAGCAGAUCCCUUGAGUGAUGUUUGGGAUAGUGCAAGGAAAACAAUAGCAAGCUUUUGGGAUAUAUAUGCAAGAAUAUGGCAUGGUUAUGAGCUUCAUGGUGUGGAAAACCUACCAGAAGGACCAGGCAUUCUUGUGUAUUACCAUGGAGCUAUUCCUAUAGACUACCUUUACUUUUUGUCUAGGCUCUUUCUCUGGAAGAAAAGACUUUGUCUGUCAGUAGCUGAUCAUUUUGUCUUUCGUUUACCAGGACUUAAAUUAUUAUUGGAAGUGACGGGUAUUAUGCUAGGUACAAGGGAGGAGUGUCUCAUUGCACUGAAGAAUGGACACUUGGUAUCCAUCUCACCAGGUGGAGUUAGAGAAGCACUAUUCAGUGAUGAAAGUUAUCGACUCAUGUGGGGAAAUCGAAAAGGCUUUGCUCAAGUCGCUCUAGAUGCAAAAGUGCCCAUCAUUCCAAUGUAUACUCAAAAUGUCCGGGAAGGAUAUAGGAUGUUUAAAGAAAGAAGGUUUUUUAGACAGUUGUAUGAAAGUACUCGAUUGCCGUUUACUCCUCCGUACGGAGGACUUCCAGUUAAAUUUCGCACAUACAUUGGGGAGCCAAUCCCUUAUGAUCCCAAUAUAACUACAGAAGAAUUAGUUGAAAAGACAAAGACUGCCAUCCAGACUCUCAUAAGCAAGCACCAAACAAUCCCAGGCAGCAUAUGGAAGGCUUUACUGGAGCGAUUUGAUAAACGUUGUAAAAGUGAUUAGGAUGUUUAUGUUUAUUUCAUUGUUUUUACAGCAUACAGUAAAAAUCAAUGUCCUACGGCACUGAUGACUAAUAAUUGGUGUUCAACCAGUUUAAUUUACAAGUUCCUACAGAUUCGACAGAGGACAAUGAUCAACCUCUUGAAGGUUCCCCUGUGUCUUUGAGGAUAUUCUGAAGUCAGAAAGACUGAAGAAGAAAACUUACGUAUAAUAGCAAUGCAACAGCUAAAUUCCCCCAAAGGAAAUCAUGUAGCCAGGAUUUGCCUGGUUCCCAAAACAAGUAUGUACAUACAUCUGAGAGCCUCAGAAGUUUUGUCUGGAUCUGUGGUUUUGUGUUUCGAGCAGUUCACGGUCCAGUCUCAGAGUAUAGCCUCAGAGUCGUUGUUGUCCCACCAGAGUCCACCCCUUGGUGGGCACCUUCUCUGUUGGAUGCCACAAAAGACAGUGUCAGAAGAGAAACUGUCUUGCUUUUGCUAAUGAUCUACUGUUUAGGCCAUUUUUCUAGAGAGACUAUACAAAGAUAAAUAAUCCCAUUAAAUCAGAUAGACUCCUACAAACACAUGAGCUUAGUGGUUCAGUACCCUGGAAAGUAGGAAUGCUACAUCCAAGACUUUGCCCUGACAGAAAAAAGAAAAGUCUCUCAAAGAGAGAAAAAAGCUUUAAUUAAGUGUAGCACUAUGCAAAUACAUGUAGAAAGUAGUUUCAAGUCUGAGCUGGUACAUUCCUACACUAUUGCACCAUACAGUACUGGUUUAGUGGAUGAGGCUGCCCCCAGCCUGAGAAUCCCUGCCUUGUAAUGUGUUGGCGGUACAGAUGUGCGGUAUGGCCCAAAUCUCCCGAUGAGCAGGGAGCGGGCUCUGGGCGGUGGGUGGGUGGAGGGGGGGGUGGGGUGGGGUAGGGUGGGGGGGAGCUUAGUUAGGUAAUGCAACCCUGAGGCUUAUCAUCACUGGUAGUUUGCCUAAAAAUGCAGUACUGCAACACUGCUGUCCCCAUAUGGAUUGAGCCUAACUAUCUGUUUGGAAAGGUUGAUAGAGGCAGCGUGGUCUUCCUAAUACAACUUUCAGAAUACUGAAACUUGCUACAGCAAGCAGAAUGUGUUUUUAGAAGCAGUGAGAUGUUGUUACUGGUGAGAGUGGGAGAGCUUUGUGUAAUCUAUCCAAUAUGCCAUUAAAUGCAGCCAAGUCUGUUAACUUCAAACACCAA